AGGCUGACAGUCAGACUAUCAGGGAUAACGUAAUUCUUAACCGUAAGCCUGGAAAAGUGAAUCAGAAAUAUGCUCCAACUGAGAGGAGGCGCUAACUUUCUCCUGGGUUUUUAGAGGAUGCCGUUGGCGAGAUUAUUUUGAACCACGUCGUAAACGUCACUUUGAGGAUGAGUUGGAAGUAGAAGUCCGAGCAGAGAAAAGGAUUAUGAAUGCUACGAAGUCACAGAAACCGAGGGACAUUCCUCGUAAGUCAUCUUUUCCACCAGCAAAAUCCUCACGGAACCCAGUGGGUUACCCAGAUGACGAAAGAGAGGAAUCUGAAUAUGAAACUGAUGAUAACGAGGAAGAAAUACCUCAUUCACGUAAGAGGGAUGAUGAUACUGAGCCGGAGUACGAGGACUCCAAAAAUGAUUAUGAAGAAACCGCUCAAGCUGAUGCUGCUGCUUCAGACGAGGAAGAAGAGGAGGAAAUGAAGCAUAAGAGUCUAGAUUUAAAGGGUAAGGUCAAAAGGAAAGGCUUUGAAUCUGAUGAAAACUCUCCUCCUACAAAACCAUCAACCAAUCGGCGAAUGACUGUUGUGUCUGACAGUGAUGAUGAUCGAAACUUCGCAAGUCUGAUUUUCAUUUUGUGUAGCCUUAACCUUUGUUGAUAUUUGUAAAUAUAGUGUUAAGAAUAUUUGUAUAUAGAAUAGUCCCACAUCAACUAUAUUAUGUAAUUAGCUAUAAUCUCUCUAUAUAUAAUAAAGUCUUCGUAGUGCUUUACAAGACACACGGUUUAUUCAAAUGCCUCUUAGUCUUU